GUUUUAAAGUGUUACUUUAUACGAAAUAAAGGUUUCCUAUUGGAUGAAAUUUUUGACAUUUUGGAAUUAAAAUAAAAAGAAGAACUAAUAAAUGUGUUCGUUUAUGUUUAGACUUUUUUAUUACUACUGAGAAUAUGAGAAUUGUAAUUUGUUUUAUUUCAUAUUGUUUAUCUUUAUAGUGUGGUAAUAUUUGCGGAAACUGUGAACUGUAGUGCAUAAAAUGGAGAAAGGAAAGCGUCAACAUUUUUCAAUAUCUGAGGAUUUAUAUUUACUAAGGGAAGUUGUAGGAUUAAAUCCUUUUGAAGAUAAACUGAGGUGGCAAAUCAUUUUAUCGAAAAUGGUUUCCCAUACUCAGAAGUCCUUUACAUUAAGAACCAUCAAGGACCAUGUGGAUCACUUGAUUAAACUUUUUCAAAAGGAGGACAGAAACAAAUUAAGGAGGUCUGGAACAGAGGAAGAGUAUUUUGAAAAAGAACAAUUACUCCAAAAUAUAGUAGACUUAAUGAGAGAAUUUAAUAAGAUUGCUGUUAAAAAAAAUAAUUCAAAAAACAUUAGAAUUGAAGGUAUUCAAAACCGCGAAAAUGCAACAAAUUCCAAUUAUGAGGAGCUUACCUUUGAGCCAGAACAUAAUUAUGCAGGGUCAGAAGUGGAAGUUGCAACCCAAAAUGUUAACCCUUAUAAUAUUCCUGGUACCCAACCUAGACAGGUUGCAACCCCCACCCACAUAAGAAAAAAGAGAAGUGUGGUCAGAGAUGUAGGUCUGGUAUAUUUGCAAGAAAAACAGGCAAAAGAAAGGGAAAUAAAGAUAAUAGAUUUAAGAUUAAAAGAACGAGAAAUAGAACUAAAUGAAAGGAAACAAAAAUUGGAUGAGGACAAGUUUGCACUGGAAAAACUUGAAAGAGAAAGUAGGUUAGAGAUGGAGAAGAAGGAACGGGAGUCAAAACUUCAAAUUGAAGUAAACUCGCAAGGGCAAUACCAAAAAUUAGUGGCCUUUGUAAUGGACAAUUUUUAUAAAAAAAAAUAAGUUUGGUUAAAUUUUUAUUUUAUAGUGUUAUUUUUUAUAUUGUUUUUUAAGUAUUUAUUUAUUUAUUUAAAGUUAAAAAUUUAUAAUUGUUUUUUUUUUUUUAAGUUUUUUGUUUGUGAGUUUUUAUAAUGCC